AUGGCUACAGGAAAUCCGGGUAAGAAUGUUUCCAAAACACUUUCAAGCCACAGCAAGCCCUCUCCCACUUUUCCCUCCACAAAUAAUUGCUGCCACGUUUGCUGAAGCAAAGAAUCCUCAAGCUCAAUCAAGCCUGAGCUAAGCAUCCCUUUACAUUCCUGCAGAACCUGCAAUCUUACAGUUCACAGAGCCUGCUAUGGGCUGACUUCCUCAAACGAAACCUUCUAUUGUGAUCGCUGCAUGGAAGUAGGGCCCACUAUCACCUUAUCCUGCAGAGUUUGCCACCAAACCAAUGGAGCUUUAAAAAAAUGCGGCAGAUUUUGGGUGCAUGUGACGUGUGCAUUGUUUACAGACUGCUUCAGAAUUGCUGAUUGGCAGAGAAUGCGUAUAGUUGAGCAAAAUAGCGAAAUUCCAGAAACUUAUUGUGAGGAAUGCAAAGAAUUGAGCAUUGGCACUAUUAAAUGUACAGAAUGCGACAAAAGAGCUCACCUAAUCUGCAUGCUGCAGAGGAAUAAAUGGAAUCCAAAAAUAUUGCUGAGAGGGGCAGGAGAAAUUUUAUGUGAAGAACACAAAAUUGGCCAAGAAAUACACUGCUUUUGUGGGAAAAGAUACCUAGAAGGCACUAAAUAUAUGAUACGCUGCGAUAUAUGUUGCACAUUAUACCAUGGAGAUUGUGUAGGGAUCCCUGAAACAUUAGGAAAAACUAUUGAGGACUAUAUCUGUAAAUUUUGUGACCAAUGAUCCAAGGUUAAGAAAAAGCUGGUAAAGGAAAUCGUCACGGGGACAAAAGUUACUAUAAAAAUGCCUAAUUGCCUUGUGAAUUUAAAUUUGGGAGAUUGAUUGCUUAUUGCUAAUUUAGCCUAUAAGAGAGCUCUAGAAUUUUCUGAAGGAAAAUUAAGCAAUGAAAAUUUCGAUGAAAUUAUAGAAAUGACAAAGAAUCUUCCUUUUUAUAUACAGGAAAUCGCUGAUCUUAAAGAAAAAUCGAAUAAAAUUAGAUUUUUAACUUCAAAAUUAAAGGAUUUUAAUUUUGGAAUUGAAAGAGAGCUAACAGAUGAGGAAGCGAUUCAAGUCAAAGGAAUUAUUGAUGAAUCUAAAUCAAUAGGACUAAACAUUCCGGAUUUCAAUAACUUGGCAGUGAAAUUGCGCAAAUAUGAGAAUUUAAAAAAAAUUAAAACCAUGGUGCAAAGCUCGCAUGAGUUUACUCUGAGUUCUGCUAAAGCUCUAUAUGAUGAAAUGCUUAAUAUUAUGCCAAAUCAUAAUUUAGUCCAUCAAUUACACUUAUUAAUUGAAGAAUGUAAUGAUUGAUUUAACACAAUAAGAGAGUCAUUAGCAAAAAGCCAAACAAGUUCCUUACUCGCCUAGAGUAAUACCAUUGGAAAAUACUACUUUCUAGGAAAAUUAGCCCCUUUAGGCGCGUGUAAAAUAUUUUUAUAAAAUUAAUGAUCUAUUCUUGACGCCUUCAAUUUUUAAUAAUAAAUUUUAAAAAUCAAAUUAUAAUUUUCUUUUACAAAUUCAAUACAAAAUGCUUUUAAAAAAUGCACUGUUUAAAAAGUACGCGAAAUUUUAUCGCUCAUAAAGAGGAGGAGCUAGAAGAUAAAUUGACAGUUUUAGACGUAAAUUGCUGUUUAGAUAAAGCAAAACAAUUGCCAUUCCAGCUUCCAGCUGAAAUAAAAAUAAUCAAAGAAGAAUUAUCAGCAGCAGAAGCCUGAGAUAAAAAGUUUUCUCACUUGGAAAUGCCUUACAAUGCUCAAGAACUUCAGCGACUAAUAGAAGAUAUGUCGCUACUGACUAUUCAAACUCCUUAUAUGCUUAAAGCUAAAGAAGUUUGGACUCUUUUUUCUGACUGGAAUUCCAAAACAGAGAGCUAUACCAAUGGGAGCGAAAAUAAAGCACCCCCAUCAUAUGAGGAAAUUAAGCAACACAUAAGAUAUGGAGAAACCCAGAUUGAUUCAAAAAUCAACGUAAAAGAAAUCACAACUCAGCUGCUAAUUAAAGUAAAUGAAGCUUGCAUAUGGCAGACUAAUGCACAGGCGGCUAUUGUGACAAAAGUUACACCUCAAAGACUUAAUCAUCUACUCAGGGAAGGGAAAUCAAUUAUUUGCCAUUUCCCAGAGUAUGAUGUACUAGAGAAAAGGGCAGGAAUUAACAAAAAAAUAAGCGAAAUUUUGCAUAAGAAGCAUAAAGAAGAAGAUCUAGUCAUACUUCUGCAAGAUGCAGAAAAAUACGGAGCUGAUGACGAGUUUAUUGUAGCUGUACAAAAUAAAUUGCAGUGCGCACAAGAAUUAAAAGCAAAAGUCAAGGAAACACUUGAAGGGAGCUUUACCGAUCCAAACUCUGAAUACUCCAAAGUCCUUGAUGAAAUAAAAAAUGCAAGGACAGAUUUGCUAGAAGAAAAACAAAUGCUAGAAGAUAAAAUCAAAUCACUCAAAUGGAUGGAGCAAACCAGAGAAGCCUUGAAUGAACUAGAAAGCCAAGACUCUUCAAACAAAAGAAAAAAGACAAGUGAAAUCGAAGUCCUUAGGAAUAUAGUAAACAGAGGUAUAAAAAUUGGCUGCAUAGAUCCACAAGCUGAAAAGAUGCUUGAAGAUUUAGCCUUCAGACUGUGGGAAUUGGAGUUUCAAAGAUUCGAAAUGUGCGAUGAAAUUACAGUUGAGCAGCUCCAAGACUUAUCACAAAAAGCUAAACUCCUAAAAAAUUACCACCCUCAAUCAUUAGCUAUAUUCAAUGGAAUUAUGGAAGAAGUUGAAGAAGCGCUGAAAUAUUUCGAUAGUCUAUCAGAACAAGACGUCAGUGCAAUAAUUUCAGAAAGCAUGACUGAGUUGCAGAGAAAUAUCAAUUUAUAUAAAGAUAGACUUGAAAAACAUGGCAUUAUUAUACCUGAAAAGUACAAUAAACUUCUUUUAUGAGAUAAAUGAAUAGAUUGGUGCUUGAGUACUGAUAAAAUUUUUAAAGGUAACUCAAAGCCUUCAAUUGACAGAUUGUAUGAAGCUAAUCAAGAAGCAAUUUCAAUGGGAAUCCCUAAUGACGUCCCAGCAUUGAAAAUGCUUACAGAAGAGAUUUUUGCCUAUGAGCAAUGGCUUUAUAAAUACACAUUUUAUUUUUCAGCUAGAAAACUUUUUAGCAGCCAAAGCUUGAACAUUCAGCAUUAUUUAAAAAAUCUAAGAGACAAACCAAAGCCAAAUUCUCAGCAGUUAAAAGAGCUUCUUCAGCUUGCCAAAAAUUUAAGAACCUGCUGUAAAGAAGAAGUUUCCAUAAUGGAAUCAGAUUUAACCAAACUUGAAAAAUGAUUGGGUGAGGAGCGCCACUUUUUUGAAAAGCACCCUUAUGAAAAUUUAUUAGCAGCCUGUAAGAAAAAAUACGAUGAAUUCAGAAAAACAGCAGCAUUUGAAGAGUUUUAUAAAAUAGUUAAAGAGUAUUGUUUUGAAGUCUAUAUAGAAACUGACGACUAUGGAAAAAAGUUGUGCAGCUAUGAGUGAAACUUUUCAGGGCAAAGAAUUCUCCAGCAGAAAGGAAAAAUCCCUCAGGAAGAAUGAGACGACUUAUUUGCUUCGAUAGAAUAUUUAAAUAAAGAGUAUUUAGACGCAUUUACACUUGACAGGCUAAGAAGGCAGCAGUCGCUGAGAAUCCAAAUUGAAGAAGACGUCGAAAAGAUUAAGAGCUUUGAUCCAGCUGCAGAAAUAAAACCAAUUAACCUUGAAGAACUAGAGCUGUUAUAUGAGCAGGUAGUAAAUUGCAAAAUAAGUAUUUCUCAAGAGGCUUAUGUGAAAGAUCUGAUUGAACAGUGUAAAAAUUUUGAUGAAAAGUUCAAAAGCAUGAUACAAAACAAAGUGUUCGUCCAAGAAUUUAAAGAACUGCAAAAUGAUUUGAUGAAAAUCCCUGUGUCUAUGCCAGAAAUUUCAUCUCAGCUCAAGUCCAUAAUUGAGAAGACUGCAACCCUUGCUACAAGGAUGAAAAUACUUAAAGAGUAUUCAGGCAAAAAUAAAAUUGAAAGGACAAAAGUUGAGCAGUUUUUGAAUGAUUAUAAGCAUGCUGAUGCCAGAAUAGAAGAUGCAGAAGAUAUUAUAGCUGAAUUAGAUUAUGGAAAGCAGAUUCUAUCUGAAGCAGCCAGCAUUUUAGAUAGCCAAAAUGUCACUCUUGACCAAUUAAAUUCAAUCAGCGGGAGACUAACAAGCUUAAAAAUCCAUAUGGGGCAAGACGAAAAAGUCAUUAGAGUUAAAAUCUGGAAACUCAAAGUAAAACUUGCUCAAAUCCACAAAGUCAAUUUUUCUAUUCUAGUUGGAUGGUUUAAUGAAGGCAAACAAAUGAAAGAGCCAAGCUUAUUUGCAGAUCUUGACAAGCUAGAAAAUUUAAUAAAUAAAGGAGAAAAGUUCAAGGAAAGACUGUCCUGCUGCCGAACGCUUGAAGAAAUCAUAGAAAUUGAAAAUGAAACAGAAAAAUUGCCUUUUGAUUUAGCACAUUCUAUUAUAGAGCAUAAAACAAGAAUAAAUUUAAGUGGAGGAGGAAAAGCAGAUAAUGCAGAAGGCGAUUUAAUUCCGAGCAAAAGACCAAAUGAGGAAGUUCAAGACAUUGAAUUUGUCAGGAAAAAUAAUGUAAAAGAAAUUUUACAAAAAAUCAUGAGCGACAUUAACUUUGUGUGGGAUAAUAAGGAAGAAAAAAUGAAUCGAAUUGCAACAAAAAUUGAAGAAAUUGCAUUUAGGGCCUAUUCUCAAGAAGGGAGAUAUAAAAAGGCUAUUGAAAACAUUUUGAGAAUUAUAAGAAGGCUUCAAAAUUAUGAAGGAUUUUCCCUAAAGCUAUUAGAAGGGGAAAUAAAGCCAGACCAGCUUACUUAUAUAGAACCAAAAGAGUUGAAAGAGCCAAAAGUUAUUAAAAGAAUUUUUGAUGGGGUGCCACUUGUAACACUGACAAUCAGUAAAGAUAAACUUAAUCAGCCUGAUAGAUCUAAGCCAGUUAAAAAGCAGAAAAUAGAGCAGACGGCUUCUCCUGUACAGCAAAAUAGCCCUAUAACAAGAAUUGAGCCAAUCAUACCUACUCAAAGCGGUUCCUCGAAAGCAAAAAUCCAAAGUCUCAUAAAGGAAGCAAAAUCUCACCAGAAAAAAGAAAAAGUCCUUACCCCCCAUCCGUGAGCGAACAAAAUUUUUUUAUUUGCUCACUGAGGGGGUUAAUUUUUUUUUAAAAAAAUUUUUAGAAAUUUUAUCAAAAUUUAAAAAUCCCAAUUCGCAAAAAUUGGAAAGCAAAUAUUAAUUUAAUUUGCAAGAUUUAUGUUUUAAAAUAUAAACUGUUUAAAUUAAACAGAAUUAGCUAAAGAUUUCUCUAUACUAAUUAUCACUUAUAUAUAAAAAAACAUUUUUCAUAAAAAAUUAUUAUAUUAGAUAUACUUUGUUUGCUCACGGACCCAAAAAAUAAGGAUUUUUCCAAUGGUUUUGCUCACUUACGGAGGAGGGAAGUUAGCGUCCCACUCAAAGAAGCAAAGCCUAAAAUUUCUCCCCAAAUUCCUGAGCCUUUGCCUAUACAAAAACCCAAGCCAAGCGAAUUUUCUGUCAGCAAUUUAAUCCAUGAAGUUGAAGCUUAUAAAAAGAAAUAUGACACCCUGGAGCCUAAGCAAGAAUCUCACUAACUCCCCCCCCCCUCCGUGAGCGAACAAAACCAUUAGAAAAAUCGCCAUUUUUUGACCCAAAAACCCCCCUCCGUGAGUGAACAAAAAUUUUUUUAAUAGAAAAAAUUUUAAUGGAAAAAAAUUUUGAUAUAUAAGUGAUAAUUAGUAUAAUGAAAUCUAGAGCUAAUUCUGUUUAAUUUUAAACAAAUUGCGUUUUAAAACAUAAAUUUUGCAAAUUAAAUUAAUAUUUGCUUCCCAAUUUUUGCAAAUUAGGAUUUUUUUAAAUUUCGAAAAAAAUAUUUUUUAUAAAAUUUAUAUAUAAAUUUUUUUUAAAAAAAAAAAUUAACCCCCCUCCGUGAGCGAACAAAAUUUUUUUGUUCGCUCACGGAGGGGGGGGGGGAGUAAGGAAUUUAUUGAAAAAGCAAAAAAUUCAAAUGUUCCACCAGACUCUUCUGCUAUGGCAACAGAAAGUAUUCCUAAUGAAGAAUGGAAAGAGCAUAAUAAAUCAAAGGCUGAGCUUAAUGGCUCUACGAAGCCUAAUAGUCAUGAAAUCGUUCCUAAAAAGCGUGUCCCAGAAGAUUUUGAAGAAGAAUAUAUUACUAAAAGAUCAAAAUACGAAGAAAUUUAUCAAGAAGGAAAAUUCAGCAGUGAUGAAGAGCUUGUAGGAGAGCCUCAGCCAGCCGAUCCAAAUUUAUCACGACCUCUAUAUGAUGAAGAUGUAUAUGGGACUAAUCAGCAAGAAGAGUAUAACGUCUUUGAUUUUGCUCAAAAAGUUGAUUAUAGUGCAAAGCGGAAAAUAAAGAAAAAAAACAAGCUUUUUGAUCCUUAUUCUUCAAACGCAGUUAAAAAUAAAGCUCCCGCAGGCAGCUUGCUAAAGGUGUGGACUGGAAAGUUAGAGUACGGGAAGCAUUUUAUUAAUGUGAAUAUGAAUUCUGUUGACACUAUUGACUCUUUCCAAAAAAUGCCUCAGUUUGGCAAUAAAAUUUCAAUUCAGGGCAGGACCAAACAAGAUGAGCUUGAAAUUUAUGUAUCUCAAAACUCGUCAGGGCCAGUCACAAAAGCUAUAACUACAGCCUGGAUUGAGCCAGCUGAAGGCUCUGAAAAAGAAUUUGGAGAAUUAGUGAGGGAUUUAACAGAUAAAGGACGUGCAGCUGUAAUAAGAAUUGACAGCUCUUUAACGAUGUAUCUAUCAUCAUUGAAUGAGUCCUUCAAAGCAUUUCUUGCUUCAAUCCAUAUAAAUAUCAACCAAAAAUUGAGCCCAGCUGUAGUUCCCUUUGUGUCCACAAAAGAAAAAAUUGGCUGCAUUUUAUUUUUCAAAAAAUCAGCUGCAAGCAGUGGAGCUCUUAUGCUGAACCCUGAAGUAAUUGCUCAAACUGACCCAAAUUCUGUUCCUGAGGUCGAUGACUUGCCUGAAAAAGAGCAAGAAAUGUCGCCAAUAACUUCAGAAGAAGAAAAUCAAGAUCUGCAAGUUAGCGAAAAUAUUCCAAAAGCCCUCCAAGAUGCAAUUUCUGCAAUAUCAGCUGGGUCAGGUAGCAAUCCACAGAUUUUGAAUAAUUUGCAAGAUGCGAUUUCUAACAUAAGGGAAAACGGAUCAGAAAUUACUGAAUUAAUUUCCAUCAUCAGGCAACAAGUUGAGCAAGAGUCAAAAAAGCAGCAAACACCUGGAGUCCAAAAUGUCAACCAAUUUUUAAGCCAGCAAUAUGUUCCGAGGCCUACUUCAUAUGUGUACCCUCCGCAAAAUUAUAUGUAUGCUCAACAGCCGCCAUAUGGAAAUCAAUAUUAUCCAAGGCAAAAUCAGCCUUAUAAGCCUCCGUCCCCACAAAAAAAGCAUGAUGAUCCCCGAAGACAUAAUAGAUAUUAG